GCGAUUCCCUUAAUUUUAAACCCAACAGUCUGGGUGAAACUACGAACCUUGUGCUGCUCUGUGGAUUGAAGAAAAGGUCAAUUUUUUCUGUUUGGCGUCGUCCAUUACGUGUAUUUCUAUUUCUAUAUUCAUAAACUAGAUUUUUAUCUUUCUUACCACUAAACAAUUUAUUAAAAUGUCCAAGCCCGAGACUUUUCUUUUCACCUCCGAAUCUGUCGGUGAGGGUCACCCCGACAAGAUCUGUGACCAGGUUUCUGAUGCUAUUUUGGAUGCAUGCUUGAAGGAAGACCCCUUCUCUAAGGUUGCUUGUGAAACUGCCGCCAAGACCGGUAUGAUUAUGGUUUUCGGUGAGAUUACUACCCGUGCCAAGCUUGACUUCCAGAAGGUUGUCCGUGACACCAUUAAGAACAUCGGCUACGACUCUUCUGACAAGGGUUUUGACUACAAGACCUGUAAUGUGCUUGUUGCUAUUGAGCAACAAUCCCCCGAUAUUGCCCAGGGUCUUCACUACGAGAAGGCCUUGGAGGAGUUGGGUGCUGGUGACCAGGGUAUCAUGUUCGGUUAUGCUACCGACGAGACCCCCGAGUUGCUUCCCUUGACCGUUCUCUUGUCUCACCGCCUGAACGCUGCCAUGUCCGAGGCUCGUCGCAACGGUACCCUUCCUUGGUUGCGUCCUGACACCAAGACACAAGUUACUGUCGAGUACGAGCAAGACAACGGUGCCGUCAUUCCCCGCCGUGUCGACACCGUCGUCGUUUCUGCUCAACACGCCGAUGAGAUCUCCACUGAGGAUCUCCGUUCUGAGAUUCUCGAAAAGAUCGUCAAGAAGACGAUUCCCGCCAAGUUCCUUGACGAUCGCACUAUCUACCACAUCCAGCCCUCUGGUCGCUUCGUCAUUGGUGGUCCCCAAGGUGAUGCCGGUUUGACCGGUCGUAAAAUUAUUGUCGACACCUACGGUGGAUGGGGUGCCCACGGUGGUGGUGCCUUCUCCGGUAAGGACUACUCCAAGGUCGAUCGUUCCGCUGCCUACGCUGGUCGUUGGGUUGCCAAGUCCCUUGUCGCUGCCGGUCUUGCUCGUCGUGCUCUUGUCCAGCUUUCUUACGCCAUUGGUGUCGCUGAGCCUUUGUCUAUUUUCGUCGAGACCUACGGUACCUCCUCCAAGAGCUCUGCCGAGCUUGUCGAGAUCAUCCGCAAGAACUUUGAUCUCCGUCCCGGUGUUCUCGUUAGAGAGCUCAAGCUCCAGACUCCCUUCUAUCUCUCCACGGCUAACUACGGUCACUUCACCGACCAAACCAAGCCUUGGGAGCAACCCAAGAAGCUCGAGUUCUAAGUCUCCCGGGCAACCGUGUCGUGUGUCCGCGCACACUAAUGUGUAUAUGUGUGUGCGUGUGUGACCCGACUCCUUCUCCUGGCUCUCGCCGCCUAACACCUGCUCCCUUUCCCGCUGUCAUCGUUUGAUUUUAUUCUCUCCCCUCUCUCACGUUCUCCUGCCUAUCACGCAAAGGUCUUAAUUGGCGUGCCAGUAAACAAAUUCAUAGCGAUGCAACUUCAACCGUUGCACCGAGUGACGACGCGUUUGACGACCGUCGCAGUGUCGCGCUGUAGCAGUAUAACCUACUGGUCGGCGUGUGUGUGCAGAAUCGGAGCUCGGUGCUUUGCCUCUGCACGCGCCUUUGCGACUGAGUGCCGUCAAGCGACUGUGACGAAUGCUAAUGACGCGUCUGCUUUCAACCAGCAGACGCAUUUCCACUCUUUCUUUCCUGGUUCUUGUUGUAUACAUAGUUCAAUAGACAUAUGUUUCAGUGACUGAA